AUGAAUGAUGAAAUGAGUGACGAUUCUCAAGCAUCUUCAACAUCGUCGCAUGGUGUUGAUCCACAUCUCGUUCGAUAUGGAUCAAUAUUUCUUCUCAUUGUUGGCACAUUUGGAAAUGUUCUUUCGUUCAUUAUUUUCUCACAUGUACUUUAUUCUGGUCUGCUCGAUUUAUUUCUUACGAUUGAGUAUGGUGGAGCAUUUUCCUUGCGAAAUCUUCAUCCAAUCACAUGCCGUCUACACACAUUUAUCACCUACUGGUCUCAACACUGUUCAUCAUGGAUUCUCUCAUUUAUAUCCGUUGAUCGUGCUGUUGCAACUAAUUGCAUCCAGUUCGCUCGAAAGUUUUGUACACCGCGUUCAGCUGAUUAUAUCGUCACAAGUAUUUUAGUUGUGAUUGCAUUACUUAAUUGCCAUGAACUAGCUUACCUUCGUAUUCAAGACUCCGAUUCCAUUGAAUUGAGUGCAAACACCGAUGACUAUACAACACUAUCACCUGUACGCGCAAGUUUGUCGACUCCGGCGUCAUUCAUAGCAAAAGAUUUUCAACCGACGAUGAAUCGAUACAAACGUAAUCUUGAGUCAUCGGUGUUGCUGUUGACAAUCUGUGAUAAUCCUCAAUGGAAUUUUCUAUGUUCAAGAGAGAAGAGAGACGUGGAAUCACCGUCAUCAUCUUCUUCGACAUCAGUGUCCAAUCGAUUUUUCUACUCAUCGUUUGUCACAUCAAUGCCAAAUGUAACAGCAUAUAUAUCACCAUUCGAUUCUUCGACAACAACACUUGCAGUGCGUCAGUGUGCUGCGACAAAAGGAAGUCGAUAUGAAUUCUUUUGGGAUCAUGUUUGGGAAUGGGUCGAUGUGUGUCUCUAUGCUUUAAUUCCAUUUACUGUUAUGAGUAUUGGAACAUUUUUAAUCGUUUACCGCGUUUAUUACCAACAACGACGUAUAAAUCGAGUGGGUCGUACUGCCCAACAUAGUCAAGCCGGUGGUGGAACGACAAACAAAGCCAAAAGUUUAUUCUACUUGCUUUUCACUCUGAAUUUAUUGUAUUUCAUUCUCGUCAGUCCAGUUGUUUUUGUAACAACAAUUUUAUUUCGUGAUCCCAAUGAAGAAGUCGCUUAUCCACGUUUUAAAGCUAUCAUUUACUUAAUGCAAUACUGUAAUCAUUCAUUAAAUUUUAUUUUCUAUGGUAAACAACCGCUACAAUCGAAAAGCAAAUGUGUAUUUCUUGUUUUUCUUUCAGGUAUUACUUCUCCGCCAUAUCGCCGAACGUUAUGUGAAUGGUUUGAAUUACUUCUACCACAUCUGCCUCAAUGUUUCCAACGAGCAGUUCGCCGACGAUCGAAAACGAAUAGUCAACCGCGAUUGAGUCGCUAUCAAAGUAAUACACCUCAACAAAUUCGUGUCUCGCUGAAAACUGAUCAAGUCAAUAUAAGUACAACGGUCGAGGAUAUUCGUUCGACGAACAGAACUCUUCCGAAAGAAUGUGUAAAUCUGCUGUCAAAAUAA